AUGACUACUGACAUCUCCACUUAUGCUUUUAAUCAUACAAUGAUUCGGGUCAAGGACCCAAAAAUAUCUCUUAAAUUUUAUGAAGAAAUUUUAGGAAUGAAAAAAAUCAAUGAACUAGACUUUCCUGAGGGUAAAUUUACACUUUAUUUUCUUGCCUAUGUACGUAAAGAUGAAACGUUGCCUAAAUCUGACGCAGAGAAAAAUGCUUAUGCUUUUAGUAGAGAAGGUGUAUUAGAAUUAACUCAUAAUUAUGGAACUGAAUCUGAUCCAGAAUUUCAUUAUCAUGAUGGUAAUAAAGAACCACGAGGAUUUGGUCAUAUCGCGAUUCGUGUGGAUAACAUUGAAGCAGCGUGUAAACGUGAUAAAAUGAAUGAUCUAAUUCCAGUAGUCAAUAAACUUCAGGACGUAUUUAAUUCUAUUGGGAGUGACACUAUAGAUCUACCUCAAAUAAUUGUUGUUGGAUCGCAGUCUUCCGGAAAGUCUUCUGUUCUCGAAAAUAUUGUUCAACGUGAUUUCUUACCUCGUGGUAAUGGAAUUGUUACACGUCGACCACUCGUCCUUCAACUUGUCAAUAUUACUGACUUUGACGAUGAAAACAGCGAAGAAUAUGGAGAAUUCUUACAUUCUCCGAAUAAAAAAUCACCGAUUCAUUUGAAAAUACGUUCAUCAAAAGUUCUUAAUUUAACUUUAGUCGACUUACCAGGACUGACAAAGAUCCCAGUUGGCGAUCAACCGACAGAUAUAGAAAAGCAAACUCGAAAUUUGAUUCUUGAUUAUAUAAAUAAACCUAACAGUUUAAUAUUGGCAGUUAGUCCUGCAAAUGUGGAUUUGGUAAAUUCGGAAAGUUUGAAAUUGGCAAAACAAGUAGAUCCGGAAGGAAAAAGAACCAUUGGAGUGUUAACUAAAUUGGAUCUCAUGGAUGCUGGUACUAAUGCAUUAGAGGUCCUCACUGGUCGAGUUUUACCUUUAAAAUUAGGGUUUAUUGGAGUUGUAAACCGUAGUCAACAAGAUAUUACCAGCAGUAAACCUAUGGAUGAAGCAUUAAAGUCCGAAUUAGACUUCUUUAAAAAUCAUCCUGCAUAUAAAAAUAUCGCUUCAAGAUGUGGAACUCCUUUUUUGGCAAAAACACUUAAUAAUAUUCUUAUGAAUCAUAUAAGAGAAAGAUUGCCUGAAAUGAAAGCUAGGAUUAAUUCUCUUAUAACUCAAACACACCAAGAACUUUUAUCAUACGGUGAUCCGACACUUGAAGAAAAGGCUGAUAGAGGCAUAGUGAUAUUGAAAAUUUUAACUAAAUUUUCAGCUGAUUAUAUUUCAUCAAUUGAUGGUACCAUUUUAGAUGUAUCAACAAAAGAAUUGUGUGGAGGUGCACGAAUAUAUUAUACUUUCAAUAAUGUAUAUGGUGCUGCAUUAGAAUCUAUUAGUCCAUGCAGUGAUCUUACCAUACAAGAUAUUCGAACAGCUAUUCGUAAUUCAACUGGUCCCAAACCAUCUUUAUUUGUUCCAGAAAUUGCCUUUGAACUUUUGGUAAAACCUCAGGUUCGAUUACUCGAACCUCCAAGUCAGAGGUGCGUGGAACGUGUAUAUGAAGAGUUGAUUAAAAUAUGUCAUAAUUGUGGAAGUCUGGAACUCAGUCGUUACCCACGUUUGCAUGCAAAAAUAAUAGAAAUUGUUUCAGAUCUACUUCGUGAACGUCUCGUUCCAACCUCUGAAUACGUAAAAAGUUUAAUUAGCAUUGAAAGUGCAUAUAUAAAUACAAAUCACCCUGAUUUUAUCGGCGGAGGUGCAGCUAUAUCGGAAAUUAUAAGAAGAAAUGAAAAGAAAAGAAGAGAAUUUGAGAAACUUAACAGAAGAGUAAAUGAUCAUCGAAUUUUUCCACUCCAAUCAAAUCCAGCAAAAGAUGACGGUCAAGAUACUGCUUCAUUACCCGAUAUCCAUAAAGAUUCUAGUGGUAGCAGUUCCGGAUCCAGAGAUUUUACUUUUCAGAACGGUAACACUUCACGUGAUUCCUUUUUGACAUAUUUCUUUGGAAGUGGUAAUAAAAACGACAGGACAGUUCUACCGGAUCAAUCAACCCACGUAAGGAGUGGAACAUACUCCAAGUCAGAAAUAGACAUCGCAGAACUGGAGAAAAAAUUGGACAAUGUAUACAAUAGCAGUUUAACUGAACGAGAAGAGAUGGAGACUCAAUUAAUAAAAUCUUUAAUCACUUCAUACUUUAACAUUGUACGCAAAACGAUUCAAGACCUUGUACCGAAGACUGUCAUGCAUCUUCUGGUUAAUCAUUCUAAAGAUAAUGUUCAGAUUCGUUUAGUAGAAGGUUUAUACAAAGAAGAACUUUUCUCGGAAUUAUUACAAGAGGAUGAAAAUUUGACGAGCGAAAGACAAAAAUGUAAAACAAUGCUCGAAGUUUAUAGGAAGGCCUCCGAAAUUAUGAAUGAAGCCAUGUGA